UCCCCCCUUCUGAAGAGAUCGGCGGCUCCAGUCCCUCUCGGUUUUUGGUCAAGAUGGCGGCUGAGUUUGAGAGUUUGAACAAAACUUUGGAGAAAAACCUUCCUGCAGAAGAUCUAAAGGAAGUAAAGAGGAUCCUAUAUGGAAAUCCUGUCAGUGACCUUUCUCUGCCUGCUGCAGCAGUUUCCAUGGCAGCUGAGCUAGAUUUUGAGCUUGCUGGGUACAAGAUAGAUGCGGCAGCUGAAGAGCUGAGGCAGCCACGUCUGGUACGAAUUGGAGCUGUCCAAAACAAGAUAGUGGAGCCAACAAAUAUGCCAAUUGCCAAACAGAAAGAAGGUCUACAUAACAGAAUGAAAGACAUUGUCAAGGCAGCAGCUUUAUCUAAAGUCAAUGUUAUCUGCUUCCAAGAGUGCUGGACCAUGCCUUUUGCCUUCUGUACACGCGAAAAACAACCCUGGACUGAGUUUGCGGAGUCAGCCGAGGACGGGCCAACUGUGAGGUUGUGUCAAGAGUGGGCAAAGCAAUACAACAUGGUGAUAGUGAGUCCUAUUCUUGAGCGUGAUCACACUCACCAGGAAAUUUUAUGGAACACUGCCGUCAUUAUUUCAAAUACUGGAGAAGUUAUUGGCAAAACAAGAAAGAACCACAUCCCGAGAGUGGGAGAUUUCAAUGAGUCCACCUACUAUAUGGAAGGUGACAUGGGCCAUCAGGUAUUCCAGACACAGUUUGGACGAAUAGCUGUCAGCAUCUGCUACUCCCGCCAUCACCCCCUCAACUGGUUGAUGUUCAGUAUCAAUGGAGCAGAGAUUGUUUUCAAUCCCUCUGCCACUGUUGGGGCUCUCAGUGAACCUCUCUGGUCAAUAGAAGCAAGAAAUGCAGCGAUAGCAAACUCUUACUUUACUGUCCCUAUUAACAGAGUAGGAACGGAGCACUUUGAGCAUGAGUUCACUUCUGCUGAUGGCAAGCCAGCUCAUAAAGACUUUGGCCAUUUUUACGGGUCAAGCUACGUGGCGGCUCCUAAUGGCAGUCGCACGCCGGGUCUAUCCCGUACGCGUGAUGGGCUACUUGUAACUGAAGUUGAUCUUAACCUUUGCCGACAAGUCAAAGACAAGUGGGGAUUCCAGAUGACAUCCCGUUUGAAGAUGUACGCAAAAUCUUUGAGUGAGGCAGUCCAACGCAACUACAAGCCACCAAUUGUCCAUGAAGAAACAACAAAGUGAAUACAAAAAUGUUGCUAGACUUAACCUGAUAAUAGAACGAUCAGAUGCUACCGACUAACCUAACUUACUUUCGUUAGGUUGAAACUGGUCAACUGGUGUAUACUUUGGAACCGACUCUAAAACUACUCGAAUAAACAUUUAUACUAUU